UGGUUUUGCAGGACGCAUACCUCUACUCAUUAAGUAUGGAAGAGCGUGGAUCACGAUUGAAAUUGAGACGAAUCGCUUCGUGGGACGUCAAGAUUGUCCCCAGCGGGGUUGGAUGUUUGCGUUCGAAUUGAAAUCGAACGAAGAGAAAAGGGAGAGAAUUAAGUGGAAGAACAGAGAAAGAAACGGGAACGUAAGCAACCCCCGAAGAAGGGUAGCUUCUGCGACCCUAUAAAACCUGUGCAUCGCCACUGUAUCGACAUCAUUCGGCGACAAGUCUCUUGAUACGGUGCAUUUCAGCGAGAGAUGAUCGGUUCCGUUGUGAUUUCACCCCAUCGCGCCACCACCAUUUGCGCCCUGCUUUGCCUCCUAUGCGUGGUGUCAUCCACUUCCGGCGAAUACGAAGGUAGAGAAUCACCGAGCAGCGUUAGCAAUGACAGAACACCGGGUAACGAGUUUGGCUCGUGCACCGACGGCAAGUGUAUAAAACGCACGACACAGGAAAUCAGCAGUGGUGGCAUGUGGUUCGGUCCGCGAUUAGGGCGACGACGAAGAGCCGACAGGAAGUUGGAAACCGAUCCGAAUCUCGAGACUCUCGCGAACAUCCUCGAUGGCUCCCGUUGGGCGGUCAUCACGAUUCCAGGAGGCGAGAAGAGGCAACCGACUCAAUUCACUCCUCGGUUGGGAAGAGAAUCGGGAGAGGAAUUCUUCUCCUACGCUUACCCGAAUGAUCAAGAGGAAUUGUACGCCGAAGAACAAUUGCUUCCACCCCUUUUCGCGCCUCGUCUAGGACGUCGAGUACCAUGGACACCAUCCCCUAGACUGGGUCGUCAAUUACACAGCUACCUUGAGAAAUCAAGACAGUAUCCGGAGGAUUCACGUUUUUAAGACUAGUUCGACUGGCUGGAAGAUAGACAAAAGAAAUAGUGUAAUUAAGAGCGUAAGAAAAUAAAGGACUUGUAUUUAUUUGUAUUAUAACGAAGCCGCGAGAACUCGUUAUCCUAUCCUAUUUUCCUUUCACUACUAAAAAUUCGUAACUCGUGAUGUAAUUAAAAUGAAAAAAAAAAAAAAGAAAAAAAAAUCGAAA